AUGGAAGAAUUUAAAGUUCUACAUUCACAGAAUGUGGAAGCUAGAGGUGAUUUCCUCCGUGCAUUGGAUGUGCGUAACGACCUUAAGGCAAUGAAUGAAGAACGUGAACAGCUCCAGCGGAAGAUUGAACGUUGUAAAAGGCGUACAAGCAGACGUCCCGAUAUGGGAAACUUACUUAAAGUCCUAACAUGUGAACGUCUACGUUUGGAAAUGGAACGUGCUCAGGAAUUAAAAAUGCAAAAAAUGGAUCAAGAAAGAGCAAGAGAAAUAGAAGUUAAUCGUUAUUUAAUUGAUGAAAAGCUCGAACAUGACUUGAAUACGUUAAAAACAAAUUUAGAAGUUGUCCAACGUAUCUUGGCACAGCCAAAUGCGACAAAAGCGGAUGUUGAUAAAUUGAAGGAAAGGAUUGAACAAUUGAACAGUGAAUGUAUGGAAUUAGCUCUGCAACGAGACCGUAGAGACGAGGCAUCGGAAGACAAACUUGCCAUCUAUCGGCAUCAAUCAGUAAAUGUGCAGCGGAAGAAGGCUAAUGUGGCUGAUCUUUUACAGAUGACAAGGCAAAAUAAUUUAAAAAUCCAGGAACUCGAAAACACUGAAAAAUUGUUAACUGAAAAGAAGAGAGAAUUAAGUGAGAAAAGUGGUAAAGAAGAAGUUGUUACUUCUGUUCAAUAUAAAUUAUUACUUAACAAACUUCGGAAUAAAUCAAAUGUUUAUAAACGUAAGAAGGCAGAAUCAGAACAAUUAAAAGCUGAACAGCAAAUUUUAGAAAGAACAUUAGAAUUAUUAGAAGAACAAUUUGAGCAAAUUAAAGAAAAUAAUAAAGCUGAAGGUCGGGGAGUUAUUGAAAAACUAGAUGAGGAUACAAUACAAAAUGUACAUCAAAGACCUAAAACAGCCAAACCAAAAUCUGUAGACAUUGAACGUUUAAAAGAAAUGGUUAAACAAAUAAAUGAACAAAUAGAAGAACAAAGGAAUAAAGUAGAUAAUUUAAAUGGGGAAAUUGACAGAUUUUAUUUGGAAAAUAAGGAGAAAAAUGAGGGAUUUUAUACAUUAAAAGCAGAACUUGAUAAUUAUCAAGAAGAAUUUAAACGAGAAACGGAAUUAAAUGAAACGGAAACAAUUAAUUUAGAACAAAAAAUAAAAGAAAUGCAAUCAGAAUUAGAAAAUACAAAUAAUAAUUUACAAAAACAAAAAUGGUUAAGUGAAAAUAGUGGAAAUUCUGAACAGGUUGAACGUGCUUAUCACACUUUGGAGGUAUUUCUUAAUUUUCCAAACAAAUUUUUUUAUGACUAA